AAAACUAACUUGCAGCUUACCGGUUAACACCAUCAUCUCCGCGUGCCAAUCAUGGAGCUCUCAGUUUUAUACAUGCUCAUAAUAUUUCCGAUCUUGUACAUGUUCACCAAACACUGCCUUAACAAGGUCCAAAAUCUCCCUCCAACUCCGUUUUUAAAUCUCCCGUUUCUCGGUCAUCUCUAUCUGCUCAAGAAGCCACUUCACCGGAAACUCUCCGAAAUUUCCGCCAAGCACGGCCCUCUGCUUCUGCUUAACUUCGGUUCUCGCCGAGUUCUAUUAGUCUCGUCUCCCUCUGCUGCAGAAGAAUGUUUAACUAAAAAUGAUGUAGUUUUUGCUAACCGUCCACAUUUGCUGGCGGGAAAGCAUCUGGGUUAUAACUACACUUCGCUCACGUGGGCUUCGUACGGAGAUCACUGGCGUAAUCUCCGUCGUAUGGCCAGUGUCGAAGUGUUUGCAGCUCAACGGCUGCAGUCUAGCCAGUUUAUUCGAGUCGAGGAGACUCGAAUUCUGCUAGACCGGCUCUUUCGAGCUUCGAGAAAUUCUGAUUCUCGAGGCUCGAAAGAGCAGAGCGUGGACAUGAAGUCCACGCUUUUCGAGAUGAUGUUGAAUGUCCUGAUGAGGAUGAUAGCGGGAAAAAGAUAUUACGGUGAUGAUGACGUGGCGGAUGAGGUGGAGGCGAGGCGGUUUAAGGAGAUUGUUACGGAGACCUUUGCUGUUAGCGGUGCUUCGAAUUUGGGGGAUUUUUUGCCUGUGAUGAAAUUGGUCGAAAAAAGAGGGAUAGAGAAGAAAAUGAUUCUACUGAGGGAAAAGAGAGAUCAAUUUGUUCAGGAAUUGAUUGAUGAGCAUAGACGGAAUAUGAAUGGCGGCGACAAGACGGAAUCAGGUGGAACUGGAAGGAAGAGCAUGAUUGAAUUGCUGUUAUCUCUGCAACAAACUGAACCUGAAUACUACAAUGAUGAGAUUAUCAGAGGUUUGAUCCUGAAUCUGUUGGUAGCAGGAACUGAUACUACAGUUGUAACUAUCGAAUGGGCAUUAUCUCUUUUGGUAAACAAUCCUGAUGUUCUAAAGAAGGCGCAAGAUGAGAUUGACAAUCAUGUGGGACAUGACCGUCUCCUAAAUGAGUCGGAUAUAGCUCAGCUACCCUAUCUCCGUUGUAUCAUAACUGAGACAAUGAGAAUGUACCCAGCGGGCCCUCUACUGGUGCCACACGAAUCAUCAGCGGACUGCAAAGUAGGAGGUUACUUCAUCCCAGGAGGCACCAUGCUAAUGGUAAAUAUGUGGGCAAUUCAAAAUGACCCAAAAAUAUGGGCAGAACCAAGCAAGUUCAUGCCAGAAAGGUUUGAAGGCUUUGAAGGAACCAGAGAUGGGUACAAGUUUAUGCCAUUUGGGUCGGGAAGGAGAGCCUGUCCAGGUGAAGGUCUGGCAAUGCGUAUGUUAGGGUUAGUUUUGGGGUCACUCCUCCAAUGCUUUAACUGGGAAAGGAUCGGAAAAGAAUUAGUUGAUAUGACUGAAGGGCCUGGACUUACCUUGCCAAAGCUCCGACCUUUGGUAGUAAGAUGUCAGCCCCGUAUGAAAAUGACAAGCCACCUGAAUCAAAUUUGAACAAAUUAUGCAAUGAAAUGUGAUGCUCUGGCAUGUAAGUUAAGAAGGCUGUUUACUGAU